UCUCCGCAAUCGCCAACACACACGCUGCAAACCGCGUAGUCAGGCGGGCGCUCGAGUUACGGCAUGCGCCAAUCGCCGUUCGCGAAGAACUUGCUCAGAGGGCACGUGAACGUGUGGGUCUCCGCAAAGCCAGCAGAGUGCAGACCGCUGCGCACGGCAAGCAACGGCUCGCGCUCCUGCACCUCGCGCGCAACGUCGAUGAGCAGUCGCGUGUCUUCCACGCCGGACCCCCUCUGACGGGCCGAAUUACUCUUGGACGCGAGUUGUUUUCCAGCGCGUUGAAAAACUGCUGCGAUAUCGCCGGACAGUCGGAUAUACGGCCCGUCCUGUAAAUGCGCGUGGAAAUGUUAAUAAAGUUGAUUUUGCUGGGGACUUGGUGGCUCGUGGCGAGAGCAGACUUUGAUGGAAGGUGGCCCAGGCAGAUGGCCUCAUCCAAUGGGCUGUGCCGUUAUGGUACCCGCAUAGACUGCUGCUGGGGAUGGAUGCGGCGCUCCUGGGGGCACUGCCAGCCCCUCUACGUGUUAAGCCGCAGGGUCUUCGGGAUAAGGUGCCAGGCGCAAGCUGUGUGUCAGCACGGAUGUAAGCACGGUGACUGCGUCGCGCCCAACAAGUGCAAGUGCCACCCUGGCUUCACGGGGAAGACCUGCAACCAAGAAGGAAAGCAGGACCAUGUAAGCCCCCCUGUUUGGGACAGUCACCCCCCUAUCCUUGUUCCCACGGACCAGCAGCCGGUGGGGUUGCCUUCGGAGGAUCUGAACGAGUGUGGCCUGAAGCCCCGUCCCUGCAAACACAGGUGCAUGAACACAUAUGGCAGUUACAAGUGCUACUGCCUCAACGGCUACAUGCUCCUGUCUGACGGCACCUGCGGAAAUGCCCGGACGUGUGGCAUGGCUAACUGCCAGUACGGCUGUGAGGUGAUGAAAGGUGAAGUUCGCUGCCAGUGUCCAUCACCAGGACUGCAGCUUGCCUCGGACGGCAGGACAUGCGUGGAUGUGGAUGAGUGCAGCACGGGCCGUGCUGUGUGCUCGCGCUUCCGCCAGUGCGUCAACACCUUCGGCAGCUACGUCUGCAAGUGCCGUGACGGCUUCGAGCUGCAGUACGUCGGCGGGAAGUACCAGUGCGUUGAUGUGGACGAGUGCUCGGCAGGGCAGCGCCGCUGCGCCGCGUUCUCCACCUGCUACAACACGCCAGGCUCCUUCAAAUGCAAGUGUAAGGUCGGCUUCAGCGGUGGCGCCAGCUACGCCUGCAAACCCAUCCCCAACGUGAUUAUAGAGCCUCCCAGACCUGGAAGGAUUCCCCCGGGCAACAGUAACAGGAUUCCAGACACGGACCAGACGAGGACCACCACUACUGUUCGACCUCCUGUGACAGUUGAGAGGAUCUCUCCAACCAACUCUCCAUCCACCCCCAAAGCUCCUCCACCCCCAAAGAAGGUCUCUCCACCACCAAAGAAACCAGCCCUCCCAACACGCAAUGUCCCCGUGCCCACUCCCAGACCCCCUGCCGUGGUCACCUCCAAGCCGAAAGCCCCACCUCAUCCACCCACCACAGUCAAGGCCCCAACACCCACACUGGGAGUCCCUCUGAUCUCCACACGCAGGCCAACCAGGCUGCCAGAAACCACCAUAGACAACACCAUCCACAAGGACAUCACAGAGAAACAAAGAGGGGACGUCCACAUACCUCGGAAUCAUGGCCAGAACAAUGUUUUUGGUGUUGAUCUAGACAUCGAACUGGGUAACACAGAAGAAGAACUCAGAGAUGACCCAGAGGCUGGGUAUCUGAGCUGCUCAUUCGAUGAGGGUCUUUGUGACUGGAUCCAGAACAAACAGGGAGAUGUAUACUGGGAAACAGUACCAGACCCCUCAGGCGGCAGGUACUUGACGAUCUCGGAGCCGCUGCACAAGAGGAGUGGGCGUGGCUCCCAGCUGGUCCUCCCCCUGGCCACGCCCUGGAAUGAGGGCAACCUGUGCUUGGCAUUCCGCCACAAGAUGGCGGGCCACCACGUGGGCGUGUUGCAGGUGUUUGUGCAGAAAGGCCGACAGCACAGUCCAGCCGUCUGGGGUCGCACAGGGGGCAACGGCUGGCGCUCCACCCAGAUUACACUGUGGGGAAACGGACUGGAGAGCGUGAUUGUGAAGGGCGAGCGGCGGAGAGGUAAUGCUGGCGAGCUGGCUCUGGAUGACAUCAGUCUGAGGAGAGGCACGUGUCAGGAGGAGCACAACCCGAGGAGACUGUAAAGAGGACUCGCGCUCCCAGCCUCAGGACCACGCCGAGGGAGGGGCAGGCUCUCCCCUGGCCACGCCCCCAGGUUCAUCCAGCCUCCUGCCAAGGCUACCAGUGCACCUCCAGUGUCCAGAUCCAGAAUUACCAAUACAGAGCAACUGAACUCAAAAAUAGUUUUGAACAAGGAAAACGCACCAUUCUUUUAGUAGAUGCCAUGCACUUCAGGUCCCUCUUGAGUUCAGCUGCUAGUGAAGGUACGCGCAGGCGAGCUGUGGUUCCAGGAUUAGACCGCCUCGCAGCGCCUUAAACCAGACGAAGAGAGCGUUUAUGUGCUUUGUCCGAGCAAAUAAAAGCUAUCUGAGAGACAACCGAUUCCCAUUGUCCCUGUAAAUGUAUCCGUGUGUACAUAUAUACAUAUGCAGAUAUAUUUCAAAAAUUCAUAUAUGCUUUGCUGUCGCAUAAUUAUAGUAUGUGAAUCCUUCAACAUGUAAAAGUGACGCAGGGCAAUGUUUACACGACCCGAUUUCAAGUGUUUUCUUGACAUUAUGUAUAUUGUAAAUUACAAACUAGUAAAUUGUUUUGCAUUACAUUUCUAAGUGGCUGUAUCAGCCAUCCUGUAUUGGCAUAUUAUAUCCAUACUUACCCUUUAAAAUCCUUCAGUUGGCCAGUUGGGUCUUCUGGCCCAGGAAUACUGGGGUCUUUACUCUUGUUUUAAUAGACAGAUGUCAGUAUUAAAAGAUUUAUGCCAAUAAAGGUUGUGAACAUUAUGUGCA